CGACCGACGAGCUCGGAUCGGUACGGCGAAACCAGCCCGCGUUGUUACCGUUUGUGGGGCCUGAGAAAACGCUCUCUGGGGCCCCUUGACCUGUUGCGUGAGAUCCUCGCCAUUUUCUCCAUCGGAGAGCAGACUCGGCGAUCUUUCUCGUGCGAGCGGCGCCGGGGUGGAGCUGGGCUGCAGCCUGGAACGGAUCUGGAAACUGGGGCCCAUCCAUAUCCGGGCCGGGUUGCGAAUGCUGCCGCUUACAACUCCUCCAGCCCUGCCAUGCGCUCAAAUCUGCUUUUCAGCUGUAUUUCACAUUAUUUAAUUCUUCCAUUGGGCCAGAGGUAUUUAUGUCCGAACAAGUGUUCGAAUAUAGUAUUUGUUCUGGAAGUCGAGGCCCAGCUAGAGGAGCCUUGAACUUGAGCAGCACUCAAGUCGUCGUGGAAAGAGCCAGUCACAAGAGUCGCAUGCUCCGCAGGCUUCGAGUCUCGGAACUCCAUGGAGUCCAGUCCAGUCCAGUCCAGUCCAGGCCGAUCCGGUCGCGGUUGGUCUAGUGACUCUAGUGGCAUGCUUUUAACUCAAAAGAGCACUUUGAUUCCGACCCCAGGGGGUGUUCUGCUGGAAGGAUUCGCGUGCUCUUUCAACAAUCAUCACGCCUGGUGGGCAUGAGGUACGAACCAGCUCGGACCCCGCCGAGAGUUUCAGCACUGGCCUCAUCUUCUCGUCACCUUUUAUUCUCCCCUUCCACGCAGGUUGACAAUUGGCGAGCCGAUCGUCCCUCUCGAUUCUUGCUCUUUGUCGUGGAUGUCAGCAGCAUGAGGUGAUCGGUGCGUGAAGGUGCUGUGUGUGGGUAUCUGUGGGCCGGAUGGGGAGGGAAGGGAGGAGUUUUACGAGUGAGUGAAUGAGUGAGCGAGCGAGGUAUGGAUGGAUGGACGAAUGGACGGAUGAUUGGCUGGUGGAACCAACAACUUGGAGGCAGUAAACAAAUCGAUUCCAGCAAAGGAAGCGACCCGGACACGUCCUUCCGCGUAUUAGCGUCGUCACAAGUGUCCUGAUCGUCGUUACUUACCUCCGGACCUGAUUGGACUCGAGGGGAUAGAAUCAGUCACCCUCGUCCGAGUCGUUUUCUUCUCCUUCAUCCCUCUCUCUCCUCUCUCCGGGAGGCGGGAGAAUCCCAUCCGUGCCCUAGGGCAUGGAUGAAGAUUCGCCGAGUCAACUUUCCUGCCUUUAAGCGCCUCGAGUAGGACAAGCGUGCGAGGCACAAUGAUGGCCAUUUUCGUCUUGCGAGGGGGAGCGAUCGCCCGUCGAGCCCCCGGCCGUUGAGGCGCUCGAAGAAGUGGCGAGCGAAUGCGCGGCGUAGGGGCUAACGGGCGUAGAGUACUGCCGCGGCACUCAUACGCUCGGGGUUGGGAACUCUCGGGGUGCAACGACGUCGUCAGACCUGCGUCGAAUCGAAUUGAUGAAUCCGUUGAAUCCAUAGAAUCUCCCACCGGGUUUCGUCGGAAUCCUCUUGCAACGAUGGGCGAGAAAAAUCGUCUCGGACCUCGUAACUGGACACGUGAAAAGCGCAUUUGAAAACCUGGACCACUUCCGGCGCCAAUCCGAGCGGACCCGACCCGACCCCACUCAUGAGACGGACGUAUCGUCAUCGGAACGAGAUCGUCUUCCUUCUCGGUCACUUCCGCAUACUUUCGAAGCGGGAGGAGGCGAGGCGAGGCGAAUUUGAGAAGUUCGAGCCGAGGGCACGUGAAAAGGACAUCGGGAAGAUCUUUCGAGAGCUCACGAACCUGUCAGAAAAGCAACCGAUUGGAUUAGCCUCUUCGGAUCGGACUCUCUCGAUUGCAGUAAUGGCCUGAACAUGCAACUCGGCUGAUCGUCUGAUGACUCGGUCGUUUCCUUACGAAGGCAGCGCAAUGUGCCCUCCCCUCGUCACGGCUGGCUCGCUGGCUGGCUGACUGGCUGGCUGGCUCCCUCCAUCCGAAUAUUAAGGCAAUUAGGGAUCAGAUCGCAGGCGUAACAUCACUUUACGCUUAUAAAACGCAAAUUUGAUUCGCCGCGUGCCUGGUCCAACAAGUCACAUGUACUUUUGAUAUGUACUACAUCGUCAAUUGCUUUCCCCCGCUACAUUUACGCCCGAAAGCUGCACAUCGUACUUGCUUACUGGAUUAUUUUUUUGGCCGUGUACUGGCUUUACUUUGUAGUACUCAUUGUAACCCUGAUCCAAGUAAAUCUUUUUAUUUAAAAAUGAAGACUACUGCCGC